UCCAAAAACUUUCAUUUAUAUUGAAUCUCUAUUUUGAUUCUUUGGUAAUUCAACCAUAAUUGGUAUUUUCCAAAUACAAUACAAGAAUUACCACAAAAAAUAAUGUUUGAAUCUAAAAUUAGGUAUUCUUUCAUUAAACAUUAUUUUGGUGAUUGAUUCUUUACUGAAAACCUAUUUUAAUAAUUUUUAAAAAAUUAUUGCUAAAUUAUAAAAUUAUAAGUAUUCUAUUUGUUGUAAAAAUGUAUGAUUCUUCAGAAUUGCUUCAAUUGGCUGCUGGAGAUUCUGUUUAUGGAUGCCUCAACAAUUAUGUCAUUGAGAAGGAAAUUGGCAAGGGACAGUUUAGUGUUGUGUACCGCGCACGCUGCAAGGUUGACCAGAGGAUGGUGGCUCUCAAGAAAGUUCAAAUCUUUGAGAUGAGUGAUCGCAAGGCCAGACUUGACUGCAUGAAGGAGACUAAUUUGCUACAGAAAUUGAACCACCCCAACAUCAUUCAAUAUCUGGCAUCCUUUAUUGAAGAUAAUGAACUAACAAUUGUCCUUGAACUUGCUGAUGCUGGAGACCUGAGUCGUAUGAUCCGUCACUUCAGGAGGCAGCAGCGACUCAUACCUGAACGCACAAUCUGGAAAUAUUUUGUACAGCUCUGUUCUGCUCUUGACCACAUGCAUUCAAAACGCAUCAUGCACAGAGAUAUCAAGCCAGCAAAUGUUUUCAUCACUGCUGAAGGCAUUGUUAAAUUAGGAGAUCUAGGCUUGGGUCGUUUCUUCAGCAGCAAGACAGUGGCUGCACACUCCCUUGUGGGCACCCCUUACUACAUGAGCCCUGAACGCAUCCAUGAGGAUGGCUACAACUUCAAGAGUGAUAUAUGGUCACUGGGCUGCCUCCUUUAUGAGAUGGCCGCCCUUCAGAGUCCUUUCUAUGGGGAUAAGAUGAACCUCUUCUCUUUAUGUCAGAAAAUUGAGAAAGGGAAGUAUCCUCCUCUGCCCUGUGACCACUACAGCGAGCAAUUACGAACUUUGGUGGACGAGUGUAUCAACCCUGAACCAAGCAAGCGGCCAGACAUCAGCUAUGUCCAUCACGUUGGCAAAACCAUGCGUGACUUCAGCGCAUCAAGUUCAGCUCAUGCCCAGUCCCCUCCACCAGGUCUCUCCUUCCCAAAAACAUCACGUCCACCGUCAGAUGGCGGCCCCAGCUGCACAACGCAUCUCGCCAGUAAGACCUCGACCAACACCACGGACGCCGUGAGAUUGAAUGAAUAGCAGCGAGCCUCGAGAGGAAUGCCCUCAUCAUCAUCAGGCUCUGUCUUGACACCACCUCUGAACAUUAGAACACCUCCCGAAGAGCAACUAAAGCCUUCUAAGGGUCAAACUAAUCGCAGAUCUGGUCAAAGCAAGAGAAAUUUAGGCUCGCCUGAUACCAACUAUAACCAAGCUUCUGGUAGCAAAGGACGUCUUGGUGAUGAUGAAAGCAUUCCCUCUCGAGGGUCGAACAAGUCAAGGGAUGAGGCUGGAAACUUAUCGCAUCUGGAAGCCACGCCGCACGUCGAGAAUGUUAUGCCUGAUAUCCUGGAAGUACAUCGUGGUGAUACUCCUCCUUCAGGAGGUAGCAUCCAAGGAGACCGAAAAAGUAAUAGGCCAAGUGGCAGAAGACGGAGCAAAAACGGAGUCAGAAGAGCCGAAAGCUUGGGUGACAUCCUCUAUGAAAAAGAUGAAGCAAUGGAUAUGGAAAGAUUCAUGGGACAUGAGAGACGAAUGAAAGGGGACGGCUUGAACGAUUCGUUCAGCAGCGUUGGCAGCAGCAACAGUCAAGGAGAUGGAAGCAGUCCUCCUGCUGCUGGUAGUGGAGGAAGCCGUAACAGAUCACGCAGCGUCAGCUUCGCUCCUCGCCCUGCUUAUGGUCAGUUCCGACAGGCUGCAAACAACGUCCGGGCCAGUAGUGAUGACAGAAGUUACUCCGCAGACGAUAAUCAUAUAUUCACAGUUCGCAACAAAGCUCCAUUCUCAUACGGCACUGGUUUUACCGUCGGGUCUUAUUCACAGUACGCUUCAGGCACAAAGAGCCUCACCGGGUCUGCUCACAAAGACAACUCUGGGUCUGCUGCAGGCAGGUACAGCACCAGGGAUGAUCUGGCGCUUGUGUCCUUCACCAGCAACCAAAGCGAGCGUCUGACAUCACCGCAGCAAGUCUCUGCCGGGGGCUUCUAUCCUGCACGGAACAGAUACUCGGUCAAACUUCCACCUCUGGGAAAAAGACUUUUCUAAAGUAUUGAUUUGUCCCAAGUUACCAGUUCUCUACUUGAAUUCGAAUUAAAUUUUGUGCUGCAAUAUGUUUAUAACUUUUUAUACUUCUAGACAUACGGUAAUAUAUCUAUUGAAAAUUAUCAACGCAUUUACUGGAACGCUAUCAGAGAAAACGUACGAAAUUGUUCACAUGUGUUAAGAUUUCUGUCAAUUUUUAGCCAUGUUCAGGCCACGAUUAGUCGAUCUAUUAUCCUAUUUACUUUCAUAUAUAGCUUUAUGAAAGAUUAAUUUUGAGUAUAGGUAUUAAUAACUAACUCGGAGGCACUAAGGUAUUUAAUGCUUGUCAAUGAGCAAUCUUGUCAACGCUUUAGUGCUCUGUAAUCUUUACUAGUCACGAUGAUGGAGUUGGUGUAAAAAGUCGGUGCUCUGCACUUAAUCUUUCUAUGGCAUUUCUUUUUCACGUAAUAAUUAUGAAUGUAUAUUAUCACUGUUAUGGUAGUCGAGGGAAGUUGAAUCAAUUAGUAUUAAGCAAGUGUAGAGUGAAGGAUUAUGAAAAAUUAUACUGCUGAAAUACCAAAGCGAACAUUCAUUUUCGAAUGUAGAAAUAAAGUGAUUAAGAUAUAUGGUCCAAGACCGAAUUCGAAAAUUGGAGUACUUAGCAAUUAAUGUGACCUUGCAAUCGUAAGUUAUUUU